AUGUUUGGACCAUUACCCGAAGCGCUUUCGAUAGCGUUAACCAAAAAAACAUUAAUGCCCGAAAAGAAAACGGUAUUAAUUGUUAACGAUGCGGGCAAAACAAUUACUACAUUUGGAAAUGCUUUGCCAAAAAAAAUACCGCGGGUACCGAAUUUCCUUUAUUACCCGCGAAAACGGCCGCCGGUGCCAAAAAGCCCGUUAUCGAACCCUUGCCGGAAGGCAAUAACGCUUUCCAAACCGUUAUUUGCGCUUUUUUACAAGCCCGAAUAA